AUGGCGAUCGAAUACCCGCCUUCAACGCCAAUGUCCUCGCUGGGCCGCGAGCUGGGCAUCAUGUUUGCGUUUAUCGGGGCUGGUUUAGUGACGAUGGCCAUUUACACAUUUGCUUGGAGGGUCGUCCAACGUAAAAACCUCGCUCAGGAUCUCGACCGUCGCAAGGCUUUUCACAGUCGUACUGCGCCGGCGGCGGAUACCCGACUUCUUGGGAGUCCGACGGUAGGCUCCCGUGGGCGAAGCGAGCGGAUUGCGGAGAAGAUGUUGGAUCGGUAUGCUAUUCCUACGGACCGGGCUGAAUUGCCUGUUCAUGGGAUGGAGAUGGGACAGAGGGGUUCUAGUCAGGGUCAAGGUCAGGGCCAGGGCUGGAUGAAUGGGAAUGGGAAUGGGAAUGGGAAUGGUCACAGUGAGGGGUUUGAUUUUGGAUUUGGGCCUGGGUCCGCAUCUGGGUCAGGUACAGGUACUGGCACAGGUACCUCUGGCACGGGGGUUAUGGGGAGAGAUCUUCUAUGA